CCAAUGAUGCUAGAAUUGCAGAGAUGCUUGCGGAUGUUGGGUACAAGUGGCGAGGAGGAAACAUGAGUUGUCGGUAGCAACGUCGCCAACUCAUUAUUUUCAACUGGGGCACCUUUGAAAUUGGCACAACAAGUUCGCUGUUAGUCACUCCAGAGGAGCAGCCGCCUUUCCAUCGGCUCGCUCCCGCUGCAUGGGUGUCUCUUUCAUCGCAGCAGACGUUUACCAUGUCCAGCGAGACCUCUCCUCUGCUCAACUACCGCCUGUACAAUGUGGCGGGCGGGGGGUUCGCCGAGAGCUGCGCCGCUCUCCCGACCGAGGAGGUUUCCAUCUGCAGCAGCGGCGGCCCGCAGCCCGACGACAGCCGGAAGCUGUCGACCUUUUUCGGGGUCGUGGUACCCACCGUUCUGUCCAUGUUCAGCAUCGUGAUCUUCAUGCGAGUUGGCUUCGUCAUCGGCCAGGCAGGGUUCUUUGAAGCGCUGCUGAUGCUGGUAGUGGCCUACGUCAUCAUUAGCCUGACAGUGUUAUCAGUGUGCGCGAUCUCCACCAAUGGAGCGGUGAAAGGUGGUGGAGCUUACUUUAUGAUUAGCCGGACGUUGGGCCCAGAGUUCGGCGGGAGCAUAGGGCUGAUGUUCUUCCUUGCGAAUGUCUGUUCCUGUGCGGUUUAUAUUCUGGGACUGGUGGAGGCUAUUCUGGAUGUAUUUGGAGAGCUCCCAAAUGCAGCAGAAACAGACCACAGAGGUAUCCACGUCCUCCCACAAAGCUACCUCUACAAUGUCCUCUACGCUUCGAGUAUCUUAUUACUGUGCUUGCUAGUCUGCCUGGUCGGAGCCCAGAUCUACGCCAGGACCAGCUUCCUGAUCUUUCUCAUGGUCCACAUCGUGCUCAUCACCAUCUUCAUCAGUUUCUUUGCCGUGAGCCCCAAGACCGUUUGGAUCGUUAGACAGUCUGGGAACACCAGCCAGCUCAUCCACACCAACUACACGGGCUUCAACCUGGCUACACUGCGGCGGAACCUCGCGGAUAACUACUCCGUAGACUACACCACUGGUACCCUCAUGACAUUUGCCACGGUGUUUGCUGUGAUGUUUAACGGCUGCACUGGUAUAAUGGCUGGAUCCAACAUGUCGGGGGACCUGAAGAAUCCGAGCUAUGCCAUUCCUAAAGGGACAAUCAUUGCAGUGAUCUACACCCUGCUGGUUUAUUUCCUGCUGUUCCUCAUGGUCAGCUUCACCUGUGACAGGAUGCUACUUCAAGGAGAUUACGGCUUCUUUCGGCAAAUCAAUAUCUGGCCGCCGUUUGUGGUCAUCGGAAUGUAUGCGGCCUCUCUCUCUGCCUCCAUGAGCACUCUGAUAGGAGCAUCGCGGAUCCUUCAUGCCCUGGCCAGAGAUGACCUGUUUGGCAUUUUGCUGUCUCCUGCAAAGAGAACCUCCAAGACAGGAAACCCCUGGAUGGCUGUCCUCUACACCUGGUUCUUGGUUCAGUUAGUGCUGUUUGCAGGGAAGCUGAACACCAUCGCCGGGAUCGUCACCAUCUUCUUCCUGAUGGCCUACGCUGCUGUUGACCUGGCUUGCCUGUCGCUGGAAUGGGCCUCCGCCCCCAACUUCAGGCCAACCUUUCAGCUCUUCAGCUGGCACACGUGUUUGCUGGGGAUCAUUGGUUGCUUGGUGAUGAUGUUCCUGAUCAACCCGGUCUACGCCUCCUGUGGGAUUGUCUUGAUGCUAAUCCUCCUGGUAGUCAUCCAUUAUCGGUGUCCCACCAGCAGCUGGGGCUACAUCAGCCAAGCCCUCAUAUUUCACCAGGUGAGGAAGUACCUCCUGCUGUUGGAUGUCCGGAAGGAUCACGUCAAGUUCUGGAGGCCACAGAUCUUGCUCAUGGUGGCCAAUCCACGCUCCAGUGCCCAGCUCAUCACCUUCAUCAAUGACCUGAAGAAGGGGGGCCUCUUUGUGCUGGGUCACGUGGAGAUCGGAGACCUUGACACCCUGCCUUUUGACCCCAUCCACCCUCAGUACAACUUCUGGCUCAGCCUUGUGGACAAGCUGAACGUGAAGGCCUUCGUGGACCUGACGCUCUCGCCCUCUGUGCGUCAGGGCGUGCAGCAUCUGCUGCGGAUAACCGGACUCGGUGGGAUGAAGCCCAACACCCUGGUCCUCGGGUUCUAUGACCACUGUGUGCCUGACGACUACUUCCUGUGUGACCCGGCCUUCCAGGACACCAAGGAGAACGACCAUUUUGGUGUGGACAUUGCCUCCCUGCAGGCUCACUUCCCCCCCGUGCGCGGCAGCGAAUCGGACAAGAGCCUGAGUGAAGUGGAGUACGUCGCCAUCAUCUCCGAUGCCCUCAAGAUGCAAAAGAACAUCUGCCUGGCGCGCUACUUCUUCACAAUGAAUAAGAAGGAUCUCUUCGCCAAGAAGAGGUCAGACAGAGUGUCCAUUGACGUUUGGCCCCUGGAUCUCCUGAGGCCCGACAGCACCAACUAUGUGGACGUCAGCAGCCUCUUUCUGCUACAGAUGGCUUGUGUCCUGACCAUGGUCGUCUCCUGGAAGUCGGCGCGGCUCCGCAUCUUCCUCUGCAUCGAGUCCGGCGACGAGGGUUGGGUCAAGAAGGAGCAGAAGCUCCGGGAGCUGCUGGACAAUUUGCGCAUCAAGGCCACCAUCAAGAUCGUCACCUGGGACACAGUGGUGGCUCUCCACUGGCGCCGGCAGCUCUCCGCUGAGGAGCAGGAGGCCGCCUUGCGCGCCGGCCGGGACUCAGCCCUCGUCUCGGACGACUACCUCCUGGCUGCCAACCGCAUGGUGCUGGAGCAGAGCUUCCACACGGCCGUGCGGUUCCUCUACCUGCCCCGGCCCCCCGCCGACACCUCUCGCUCGCAGCGCUACCUGCAGCAGCUGGAUGUCCUGACCGAGGGCCUAGGGCCCACACUAUUGAUCCACGGACUCACUCCAGUUACCUGCACUGACCUGUAGAGCAAGCUUGGGGUGGCGUCAACAGAGGGGGAAUUGGGUAAAGAAAAUGCCACAGCUGGGGACACAAACUAUUCAAACGCUGACUGUGUUUCCCGAAACCAGCGUGCAUUUCAGACAAAAAGAGACACUUCUUAGAUAUUUAAAAAUGAGCGCUUGCGUUGCGAUUAUUUAUAUUUAAAAAGAGUUUGGACAACAUUGUGUAACUCGCAUUUAAAUGGUCUUUAUUGGAGGGUGGGUGGUUCUUACCUAUUAAAAUAGUUAUUCAGUGUUUCUUCUGCGUUAAGUUCCUUUCAGACAAGUGGGCAGGUCAGCAGGCCCAAUGAGCCAACCCCAAGGGAGUCUGGGAGUCUGGAUCUGCCCUUUGGAAGGCAGCUUUGCCAUUGGCUGACCUUUUUCAUUAACAUCAUAAGCCCUAGGGCGGGGGGGGGGUUCCUUUUUCAUUAGCUGCCCCUCCCAAGUUGCCUUGUGGACAUGUGCUCUGACUGUCCCUGUACCACCAAUGUGCCCUCCGUCUGAAAGAGAAACACAUUCCGUUGGAAACACUCAGAGUGUUUCUGUUUGAAGCUCUCCACUUGAACUGGCAUUUACAAUUUGGACUUUUCUACUUGGCUGAAAUAUGUAUAAUCAUAGAACAUGUGUUGGCGCGUGGCCAAAUGGUUAAGGCGUUGGACUAGUGAUCUGAAGGUCAGGAGUUCGAGCCUCAGCUGAGGCAGCGUGUUGUGUCCUUGAGCAAGGCACUUAACCACACAGUGCUCGAGAGACAGCAGUUGGUGCACGUGAUUUCUAGUCUGUGCCAUAGCCCUCCCAUCCAUGUACCUAUCCAAACUUCUCUUAAAUGUUGAAAUGGAAUCAGCAGGCAGCUUAUACCAUGCUCUGAGUGAAGAUUUCACCUUUCACCCCUAACCUGUGACCUCUAGUUCUGGUCUCGCCCAACCCCAAUAGAUUAGAUAGCCAGUUUGUUUCCCCUUGUGAUAUGGAGGCAGAUCUAUCUUGAUCAUAAGGGAUCAUAAGGCAUUAUUUUUAAGAAGUGUAGAUGAGAUUUCUCUUCGCUAUUCUAUCUGAUCUGUGAUUGGGUCACUGAAAAUUUGGUUAUUUAUCACUCUUCUGUUUGUGAGGCCUUGUCUGAAGAUUUCUACAUUGUAAUCGUGCCUUUAAUUGAGAAGAAACCAAGCACCAGUGAGAAAGCUUGCAUUCCUGCAUGGUGAAAAUGUAACCUGUACUGGAGGUCGGGAUCGAACCGGGAUCUGUGAUGUGGUAGCAGCGCUAUCCACUGUGCUGUCUGACCCACUGAGCAGUUCCCGCAGUUGGGGUAUUGUGAGCAGUUUUGGGCCCCUUAUGUAAGAAGGGAUGUGUUGGCAUCGGAGAGGGUCCAGAGGAGGUUCAUGAGAGUAAUCCCAGGAACGAAAAGGUUUACGUAUGAGGAGCGUUUGAUUCCUCUGGGCCUGAACUCACUGGAGUUUAGAAAAAUGAGGGUUGAGGAUCUCAUUAAAACUUACCGAAUAUUGAAAGACUUGGAUUGUUUCUUAUUCAGGUGUUGUAUGAAUGCCUUGAGGCUUUUGAGAGAUUUAAGACCUUAAGACAUGGGAGCAGAAUUAGGUCAUUCAGCCCACUGAGUCUGUUCCAUCAUUUCAUCAUGGCUGAUUUAAUGUCCCUCUGACCCUGAACCCAACUUUUCUGCCUUCUUCCUGUAACCUUGACUCCCAACUAAUGAAGAACCUAUCAGCCUCUGCUGUAAGUAGACAUAGCCAAUGACUUGACCUCCACUGCUGUCGGUGGCAAUGAAUUCCACAGAUUCAACACUCCCCGGCUAAAGAAAUUCUUCCUUAUUCCUGUUCUAAAAGAACAUCCUCAUUUCCUGAGGCUGUCUCGUCUGGUCCUAGACUCCCCCACUAUACGAAACAAAAUCCGCAUAACCACUCCAUCUAGACUUUUCAAUAUUUGACAGGCCUCAAUGAGAUCGCCCCCCCCCCCAUUCUA